AUGGAAGGACACGGUUCUGCGCUUGCUGACCAUCCGCCGGCGCCUAUUUCUGGCCCGGAAAAGGGGCUAUUUUCUAGCGACACUCUCCUAAAUACCCCGCUUUUUCCAUGUCUCCUCCAAUUUUCUAACAUUAUGUCAAGGCCUAUGAAACUCAAGGACGACGGAACGCAGUCGGGCAGCGUUGCAGAUAUGCAGAUGGAGUCGGAGGAAGAGGAGGAGCAGGUAGAUGUCGAGGUGGAGGACGACGAGCAGGAGGGCGAGGAUGUUGAAGAGGAAGAUGACGAGGACGGUGACGUUGACGAAGAGUCGGAGGAAGAGCCUCCCCCGCCCCCAAGGCUCAAGAUCACCCUUAAGCUGCCACCUACGAAUGCAUCGAGUAACGGGACGGCCACCCCAGACGAUCCAGAGAUGGAAUACCCCGCAUACAAGCGUACGCCGAAACGGCGGGCGAAGGCCAGAGUCAUUGAAGACGCGGAUGUCGAGUCUGAAGAUCCUAUGUCUCCUUCCGAAUCGGACGAGGGGUCGUCAUUGCCCAGUGUAAGACCGAUGACGACGCGUCAGGCGGUGCUGGCGAGCGUCGUCGAUUCAUCGCAUGUGUCCUUGAACGAGGGCACACGAAGCAAGAAGCAACCUCUGAAUGAGACGGAACUCGCCCUUCGACGAGAAGAGACCGCCAGGAAACGAAAGAACCUCAGCGAGAAGCGGCUCGAGGAUGAGAAGGCAGAAACCAUCAACCGUCUCCUCAAAAAACAAAGCCGGCCCCGUAACAAACGCAACAACACUGCCGAUGACCGCUCACCCAUGCCCACCGCCUCCGGCUCGCGGACACCCAAAGUUAAAGCCAAGGCCCAAGACGGCGAGGAAGGCGAAGGAGAGGACGAGGAGGACGAAGACGCCAUGGACGUCGACCAGCAAAUUGAAGAGGUCAAGCCCGUCAUGUAUCGCUGGGUGUCGUCACUUCGCGAGGUACCCGUAGAAGGAAAUGGGACGGAGAAGAGGAUGGAGGUGGCGUUGACGUUCUCGGUCCCGGAGACGUUAUUUCCACCACCACCACCACCUGUCGCACCGGAGGUUGCCCCAGAGGUAGAUGCGCAAGCGGAGAAGGAAAGAGCAGCGAGAGGGCCGGGAGUGUGUGCAAUUGCAGGAUGUGGUAAGCCGAGGAAGUAUCGACUGCCUAGGGAUUGGACCAUCGGGGCAUGCGACUCUAUACACUUGCGUGUGUUGGCUAACCAGGCUUGA